GGAGGAGGAGGAGGAAGGUGAGGGCAGCUGGCCGGGACCGAGGCCGGGGUCGUGGCCCUGUCGGGGUCGCGCCGUCCCUCAGCAAAGCUCCAGCCUGCGGCGGUAGAUAGCGCCGGGUGUUGCAGACGGGGCCGUGUAGGAGCACCCGUCACCCGGCGCGGGGGUGGGCCCGGUCUCCCUGGGCCGCAGUCCCGCUGCUCGCCACGCCGCGCGGAACGCGUGGCUGAAGGGCGGGAGGGGUGCGGGUCACCCCGCGCCUCGCCUCAGCCCCGCGGCGCGUCCCGCUGCCGGCGCCGCACGGCCUUAACCCUUUUCUCUCGGUACUCCUCAGAUGAGCUGUGAGCCGUUGGCCAGAGGGGGGUGAAGGGUGCUGAGGCGAGGCCACCCGGCGUCGCAGGGCCGGUCCACCAGGGACUGCCCCCCCACCCCCCCCACCCCCGCGGGAGGGUCUCCCCCGCCACAGGUUGGCCCCCACCGCCGGUUCGCCCCCUGCCCGCAGGCCCCGGGCGCUGAACGUGGCCGUGUCACAGGGCAGCGUGACCGACGCGCCGCUCCCCUACCUGAGCUGAGCUUGGCGCUGGCCGGACCCAACCAGCCUACCAGCCCUCCACGCAGCCACCCGGGAAGAUGGAAGAGAAUAGAAGUAAGCCUUUAAAAUAACUAAAUAACUGAUUUGAAGACCAUUUGGGCACAAUUGGGAGGUAGAAGAGUGGACAUCAUAUUUGAACAGAUGCAAAAUGUACUGCUGUUGCUGAAGCAAAAGAUCAAGAAUGGAACUGCGACAAACCAAGAAUACUGUCAGGCUUCGGUACUGGUGAAUGAAGCUAAUCUAGGUGAUCUCUUAACCUUGACAAAUGUAGGUGCUGUAUUUGAUGGAGAUGGCAUACAGGAAACCAAACCUAAAUGGCAACGUCUUCUUACAGAUGACAACACUGCAAACUCUGUAGAAGGUUCUCACAGCAAAAAGGAGGAGAUGGCAAAAACGGGUUCAGGGAGUAAAGAAGCAUCUCUUAAAAUUCAAGAUUUACCUUUAAACCUUCAGUAUCAGAACCACAAGUGCUCUAGUGCAUGUCUUCCCAACAGAGCGGCAGGCUUCUACAAGGGUGAAAAUCCUCUUAAGAUACCAAUCCUGUUUCACUUUCAAAGAUGCCAUGCAAAAGCAGACUGCCUUUCAAAAUCACUGGAUGUGAAUUAUAAAGCUCCUUGUGGUCGAAGUCUGAGAAGCUUUCAAGAUGUGCAAAAUUAUUUGUUUCAAACGGAGUGCAAUUUCUUAUUUGUUGAUCACUUCUCCUUCAACACAUACGUACUGUUAGGCAGGAGUACCGUAAAUCCUGAACCCCUCGUAUUUGAUUUUGAUAUCAGCAAUGGAGCAGAGUCUGUGCCCAUUUCCUUCUGUAAUGAUCUUGACCACGCAAGAUUACCUUAUUUCAAAUAUCGGAGGACAUCGUGGCCGCAUGGAUAUUAUCUCAACAAUUUCUCUAGCGUAUUUGUUGAUUCAUGUGACUGCACAGAUGGCUGCAUUGAUAGGUCAAAGUGUGCAUGCCUACAGCUAACUGCAAGAGGCUGUAGUAAAACUUCUAGAAGUAGUGCAACAUCCCAUGGAUACAGUUACAAAAGACUAGAGGGACCUGUUCCUAGUGGAAUUUAUGAGUGUAGUGUGUUGUGCAGGUGUGACAAGAUGAUGUGUCAAAACAGAGUUGUACAGCAUGGCAUUCAAGUCAGGUUGCAAGUGUUCAACACGGAGAGGAAAGGCUGGGGUGUCCGCUGCCUAGAUGAUAUCGACAAGGGGACAUUUGUUUGUACUUACUCAGGCAGAUUGAUGAGCAGAGCUAAAGUUCAAGUACUGGGAGAUGAUGAUCAGGAGCUGAGAGAGGAGAGUGCUGUGAGUGGCAGAGUCUGUGGCUUUUUUUCCAAAAAAAGAAAACUUCACACUGAUUGUUCAGAGACUGUGAUUGGACGAGUGCAGACUGGCAGAAGUCACAUUCUUGAGAAGGAGGAAUCUUUGUCUCAGACUGUAGAUAAUGAAAAUAAAUCAACCCUGGUUCAUCCCAGGAAUUUAAGUAAUGCAACCGCGAGAAUGCCUGGAACUAGAAGGGUUGUUUUUCAUAAUCACCCGCUAAAAAUGGAAAAUGAUACACUGGCGCACAUUGUGAGCUCAGAUGAAGAUAAUAGUUCUCAGACUCAUCAGUCAAGCAAACUAACCAGUGGAACCAAGAAAGGAAAAGAAAAAUCCACUCAGCAGCAGAAGGAAGAACAUCCAAUGGAAAUUGGACAGACAGAGUCUGCUGACAUGGACAGUGCAGAACGCAAAAGAAAGAGACUGUCUCUGCAGGGUGUUGAUUGUGACAGGGCAGAUGUGCUGGAUGACACAUCUGUUACAAGGCCAUCCAAAAGCGUACCCCUAAAAGGAGGAACGUACCACUGCAAAGAGGAAAAACACAGGCAGUCAAAACACGACACGUUUUGUCAGAAGGCUGAUGAUGACAGGAUGCUUCUGAAGAAUGCUAAUGAAGAAAAUAUUUAUAUACUGGAUGCCAGCAAAGAAGGAAAUGUGGGUCGUUUUCUUAAUCACAGCUGCUGCCCAAAUCUCUUUGCACAGAGCGUGUUUGUAGAGACUCACAACAGAAAUUUCCCAUGGGUGGCGUUCUUCACAAACAGGCAUGUGAAAGCUGGAACCGAACUUACAUGGGAUUACGGUUAUGAAGCUGGAAGCAUGCCAGAGGUAGAGAUUUCCUGUCAGUGUGGAGUUCAGAAGUGCAGGAAAAAAACCUUAUAGCCAAGGCUUUCCUGUUGUCAACACAUGAUGUCCCUGGGGAUGUAUAUGCUGGAAGGGACUACUAUGCAGUGAACAGCACACUUACAUCUGUGGUCUAAUUAAAUUCAACUAAAAUGCCUUUCA